AUGAAAAUGAUGAAAUCAUAGUAAUUGCGAAGAGACUUAGAAGCAUUUCAAAAAUAGCUGAGAUAAGCACUUCCAACAAUAAUCAAUAGAGUGACCAAGGAUAUAGGAUAAAUGCUUUAUUUUGAGAAGCUGUUUAAAGAUCUAAAGCCAAAUUCAGUUUAAGAAUUAUACUUCCAAAGUCUUCUUAGAUUGGAUCCCCAUAUAGCAAGACAAUAGCCAUAAUUAGAUGAGCCAAUUCAGAAUAUAAAUGAACUGAUACAUCUAUAUUUUGAAUAGCAAGCAGAGAAAUUAUAAGAGAUGGUGUUGUUAGAGAAGGAACUCAAAAUGAUGAGAGAAUUGGAAGAAUUGUAAGUAAGUUAGGAGAGUACACAAAUAUAAAAUUCUUUGAUUGAGUUAGAAUAAUCGAAAGGGAUGGAUGUGGAAAAACAAAACAUGGAAGAAGUUUGCAAUACAAUCAAAAGGAAAUAUUGGAGAUAAGCUUAAUCACCAAGUUGUGAUUAGUGUUUCUGUGGAAAUCAACUACAUUAUAAGUAAAUAGUUAAAUGUCAAUUAUGCGAAAAACAUUUUCAUAUUAAUUGUCUAGACAAAAGUUAUGAUGAAAGAUAUGUCAAACAUUUCACAUGUCCAAGAUGUACCUUAUAUCAUAUGGAUUAAUUUUGCGAAGUGAUCUCAGUCAUUAUCGAACCAUUCUCAUUUAAGAAGACAGGGUUGACCAGCACCAAAACCGUAAAAUUUAAGUCAGAUACUAAUAUGAUUGAUGUCAGAUGUAUUAGAAUGGAUUGUCCUCUGUCAGCAGAAGAAAUUACAUGGCCAGAUCUAGGAGAAUUACACAUUAACAAUAAGAAAGUGGCUGAAUUUAUUCCAUUGGCUCAGCAGAGUUGUCAACAUAAACGAAAAGAUGAGAAAUUGAUAUUCUCGAUUCCAUAAAAUGAAGAAUGCUCUCUAAUGAUGAAGGAGACUAUUCCUGGUAUGGAGUAGAAGAGAAAAUAUAGAAUCCAAGGGGAAUAGUUGCAUUAUGUAGCUGGUUACAAAACUAAAUAAUAUUCUGGCAAAUAGCUUAUAGAGAAGAUUAUAACAUCGAGUGAAAAUUGGAUGAGUGUAGAAUAAGCAUAGGAUUUUAUUAUACUUCAGAUGAAUUACAUAUCGUCUACAGGUAUUAAGUAAAUUAAAUAAACUAUUUCUUUGUUGUGUUGCUUAUGUUCCACUUUGAUGGUCACUCCUGUCAGGGGAAUCUAUUGCAAUCAUAUUCAAUGUUUCUCUCUAGAAAAUUACUUAUUGAUGCUUGAAAUGUCAAAUCCAAGGAAAUGGAGGUGUCCCAUUUGUAAAGCUAAGUUAUUCAAAUUACAAAUCGAUGCUUUGCAAUAUACAAUCUUGUAGACCAUUAGACAAUACAAUUUAUAGGAGAAGUACUCGGAAAUAUCGUUCGAUCAUAUGGGAAAUAUAUUGGAUGAUCUCAUUUAAAAAUUUAUAGAUUUUAAUAAUUUACCAGAACAUGCCAAGACUAGUAGGAAUAGAAUCUUACAAUUAGAAACUCUAAGCAAUUAAAGAAGGGAAUUUGAUAAUGAGAUGGAGGAAUCAGAAUAAUUAAAUAAUAGACCUCUUAAUCCUAAUUCAAUUGUUAUAGAAUAAUAUUAAAUAAUCAUGUUGAUCCUAAUCUUAAUUCCAUUCACCUUCUCUUUAAGUUCUGACUGCUAAUACAGAAGCAUCACAGAUUGUUUGGAAUUAAAUAUGCACAAUCUAAAAUUCAGAUGUUCGAUCAAAAAUAAUAGAUGCAUUGAAUAAAGACCUGAGAUGAGUCAACCUUAACAUUAAGGAACCUUAAAGUUCCAAUACUUAAGUAAGAAGGAGAGAUUAGAAGUCUAAAAGAAUGCUCAAAAAAGGAGAUCUAAAUUUAUCAAAAAUAGAUUUCAAGAUGAAUACUCUGAACAAGAUUUUGGAACCUCCUUCUCGAUAUCUAAUUCUUAUAGUGGAGACCUCUUCGAUAACUUCAACGGCGAUGGUAGCUAUUCGUAUUGUAUUUAAAUUUGA